UAAAAAUACAUACAUAUACAAGUGUUUAUUUACUAUCUUUACUCUUCCCGUUUUUGCUUUUAAUUUUUUUAUUUUCAUUUUACAAAAUAUAUUUACUACUUUUGACCAUGUACUUGCAAUUCAAAGUCAAUGUCCUACAUUUAAUUGUUUUAAUUAGUGGUGUUAUUAUGUGAUUUUUAAAAUUGUAGCAACAUGGACUUAUUAAAAGCCUUGAUUGAAAAUCUUCCAGCAGGAAGUUGUCUCAUUUUGACAGAGUUAGUGGUCACCGGUCUCAAUGCGUACGUGGUUUAUGGAAUGCUCAAAGCUUGCAAGGCGUCUGCUACCGUAUUGGACACAUUGCAGGGUAUUCAGUCUUUCAACGUUGGAAGGGAAUUGGCACAAGCUGUUGAUGAUUCGCCGACGCAAGCCUUAGAAUAUGUCGCAGUACGAGGGAAAGUUUCCGGGUAUCAAGAUCCAGUGAUCCCUUCCUCAGCCUACGGCUUGCCCAGCGUCAUCAGGAAAACCAAGAAUUUAGAAAUUGUAUCGAAAUACGCUUGGGACUUAUCCAUUUACACUAUGAACGGAAGGUCCUAUGAAACUUCAGAAUUUUCUCCCUUCCGACUCCGACCAAUAACUGAAACUCAGAUCUCAUUCGAUUUUAAUGAAACAUUUGCUCAACAAUGUGAUAAAGGAGGGAAGAUCUGCUCGGCUGAGAUGAUAUCGCCAAGUUUGAUAAUCAAAGACCUCACACAGCUUCACAUGGAAGGUUUGCUCAAGAUACUUCCGACCUACUAUGAAACGGUGGAUGAACCGAAUAGCUCUUCCUUCAAAAUAUUAAAAUACAUCUUCGGACUUACAACUCCUGUGGGGAUUAAAAAAACGGAAGCUUUACUCGCCUGUGGUGAAGUGAUCACUGCAUUUGGAAAAGUGCAGAAAACUGGGGAACACGAAUAUACGCUUAUUCCUCCAAUGCUCUCAAACUCGUUGUAUAUUCUGACGCCAAGUACUUAUGAAGAGAUUGUGGAUAAGCACUACGUAGAACAAAUUACGGCCUAUCUGAAACUACUGUUUGUUUCCGCUGGAGCAGUUUUCGUAUUAUGGGACCUCGUUAGACGGAUGCGCAUUCUUUACAAGUCAAUCUAUCCUGAAACAAUAAUACAAAUCGAGAACAAACACGACACCGUAACAGCAAAGAACACUGUGGGUGAAACUUUGAAUCAACAAUUGUGCAUUGUAUGCCAAGAAGCGCCACGAAAUAUUGUGUUACUAAAUUGUCGGCACUUUUGCUUGUGUCAAAGUUGUUACGAUAUCCUCCAGAAUCGAGGUCAAAAUUGUCCUGUAUGUCGAAGUAAUGUCGAGGGAAAGAUUGAAGUGUUUGUUUCUUAAUAAAUAUUUAUUUGUCCGGUGCAAAAAAAAAUAUAUGUAUGUAAGUACUUGUGAACACUAUUUUUAUUGGGGAUGUGUUACAAAAAUAAAAUUCUACAGUGUCAAAAUA